AUGGACGACAAAAGCAAACCCUUCGGCGAACCCAAGGGAGGAUUCGCACCACCACCAUCGUUCCUGGAGGCCACGGCAUCGGCGGGGCCGUCACAAGGCGCAUCAUCCUUCCAGACGCGGUUCGCGUGCGUGACGCUCAACAUGACAGACCGGAUGCGCUUCAUCAACUUCAGCGCGCCCGAGACUAGCGCCCUCAGGGGCGUGCUGGGGUCCGUGUGGCCGAUCCAGGACGUGCGGGCAUACGGCGGCGCCGAGGAGAUCAAGUUCAAGGGCUACCCGUGGCAGGAGAAGGUAAACGGCGACGAUAACGCCCGGCGGCUGAUCAGGAGGAUGCUCGAGGCGCUUUAUGACAUGGGGUGGGUGUUGCAGGCGGCGGUGGACGUGUCCAAGAAGGAGCUGGACAAAGACUCCCUCAUAUUCAGAUAUCAGAACCCGCCGCCGCCGCCGUGCGACUGGCUGAGCAUCUCUUUCGACUGGACGGACAAGAUGAAGAUCGUGGACGCGCCGCCGGGGGACCUGACCGAGGCGAUCGUUGCGGAGUUCCGGGCGAAGUACAGGCUCAAGAGUCACGAGCUCGAGAGCGGGCGGCUGAAGCUCAAGUUCCACGGCCAGCCGUGGCAGGCGUCGGGCGAGGAGACGGUCAAGUCUAGGAUGCUGUUGCUGAGCCUGCUCGGGAUCCUCGAGAGGUUUGGGUACAGCCUGUACGCCAGCAUCGACCAGGUCAACAGUUCGGGGAUCGAGGCGGACGUGCUGGUUGUGACGCGGCAGAAGGGGUGGACGCCUGGGAUGCCGAUAUGGCACCGGUGA